GUUCAGUCUGGGGAACUGGGGAACGGAACGGGAACCAUUGAUUUUCAACUCGGCCACUGAAGUGUGGUGUGCGAGCGAUGCCCAGUCCGCCAGCUAUUCCGACCCGGACAGCUUCCUCAUAUAACUUGGUGUUCAUCCUGGGAUAUUCUUCUGAAUCCAGUAGCCAGAUCUCAUGAUUUCGAUUCUCGACUCGGACAUCAUUGAAUAGCCUACAAAACGGUUCGAUAUGGGUUCAGAAACCGCAUCAGAGAUCCAUCACCAAGAUGACAUCCAGCCCUAUGUGCCCCCAAUUCCACCAAGUCAUAUCGACAAAGAUGUGGAGAUAGCAGCAUACACCGAUGCAUCAGGGGCGUUCAUCGACGACGCAACCGGCCAGAAGCUGUUCUGGACAAUCAACAGACGAAUCCUCGCAUGCAUGCUCGGGACCUAUUUCUGCCAGUCCCUUGACAAGGGGACUCUUGGUUUCUCCUCAAUCAUGGGAAUAAGGAAGGAUGCGCAUCUCGUUGGUCAAGAUUACAGUUGGCUGGGCACAAUCCUCUACAUGGGAAUUCUAGUCGGAGAGUACCCAACGAACAUGCUACUCCAGAAGCUUCCGGUUGCCAAAUACUUAUCUGCAAAUGUAUUUUGCUGGGGCGUGGUCAUUGCUUGCUCCGCAGCUGCCAAAGACUUCAAGUCACUAAUGGUCGUUCGUUUCCUGCUUGGAAUUUUCGAAUCUUGUGUGCAGCCAUCCUUCAUCAUCAUGACCACAAUGUGGUACACUAAGCGGGAGCAGUCUGUGCUUACCUCCCUUUGGUAUUGCAUGACUGGAGUUCAACUCAUGGUUGGAGGUAUUGUGGCAUGGGGCGCAAGCCACUACACACAUCAUGCCCUCUAUUCGUGGCAACUCCUCUUCCUCGUCUUGGGCUGCGCGACCUGUGCCUGGGCGCUCUUCAUUGGGUGGUGGCUGCCAGACUCUCCCAUGAAAGCGCGCUGUUUCUCCGAAGACGAGAAGCGCAUGAUGAUCGAGCGAGUGCGAGCUAAUGAGACCGGUAUCCAGAAUAAGACGUAUAAGACAUACCAGAUGCUAGAGACCAUCAAGGAUCCAGUAAUCUGGUGCUACGUCAUGCUGCAAAUCACUUCGACUCUGGUCAUUGGCGGUCUGGGUGUUUUUUCCAACCUGAUUAUCGCAUCGUUUGGAUUCUCGGUACUGCAGACGCAACUGCUCAACAUCGCUCAAGGCGCAGUGACAAUUAUCGUCAUGAUUGGCAGCGCGACGUUGGCUCAGACGACGGGACAAACAGUCUGGGUGAUGCAUGCAUGGACCAUACCCGCAAUCAUCGGCACUGCGGUCAUCUACUCAAUUCCUCCGACCCACCACACAAGAGUCGGCCUGUUAAUCGCCUUUUACUUCACGCAGUUCUAUCUGGCCGAAGGUAACCUGAUCUUUGCGCUGAUCUCUCGGAAUGUAGCCGGCCAAACGAAGAAGUCGACUACUCUAGCCAUAACUUUCGUAGCCUGGGCAGCAGGAAAUAUGGCGGCUCCGCAAAUCUUCCAAGCAAAAGAUGCACCAAGAUACAGAAAAGGAUUUACGGCUCACUUUUGCCUCUACGUGCUCUUCAACAUCGUGUUGGCCAUCCUCCGCGUCCUGCUCACUCGGCGAAACAAAGCAAAGCGUGCUGAGGCUGCCGCAGCGUUGGCAACGGAAACCGGAGUGGCGGCAAGUGAUGAGAAGAUUGCGCAUACGUUCGCGUUCGAUGAUCUAACGGACAAGGAGAAUCCCGAUUUCAGAUACGUGUUCUGAGGAUGUAAUUGAGAGUUCUGUGGGACAAAGAUGCGUUGCGUAAUCUUUUUAAGAGCUGUUGUCAGAUGAGACUGCGGGGGAAAGGGGGGAGAGGAGAGUGAAGCGAGAAUUUGGCGAGGCCCACGGUCUGCAUUCAGACCCUCCUUUGCCAAUUACCUGGCUUCUAACGGCUUCUCUUACUGCCUUUAAAAGAUAGCUCUAUUUAUAAGG